AUGUCGUCAUUAGGGUCUUUGGCAGUCAAUGUCGUUAGUCUUUGUACUUCAACCUGGGGUCUGUGGCGCGCAUCGAAUAUCAUUCUACCGGAAUGCCUGGCUUCUGCAGGUCAUAAACAAUUUUUGACGAACAUAUCUGUCGGAGUGACCAUUCUCAACAAUUUGGUCAAUGUGUUGGGCGCACUAGGUCUCAGAAAAGCGCGCUACGUGAGCCGCCAGGUGACACUCCCCAUCGCUUUGGUGAUGGAAACGGUUGUUGCCAUUGUCUACUGGCCGUUGCGCCUGUUUGCCGUGGGCCUUAUUAUGCACGGAGUAAAAGACGGCUCUCGUAUGCCUAUUUCGAAGGAGAUCGACUGCUGUAUCCAUCUGCUGCCGGUGCUGUAUCUGCUCAUUGACUACUUCGCAUUCGAACCGGCACCUUUUAAGAUGGGCAAGGGCAGGGCCUGGCUCGUUGUCACCGUGCUGGGCCUGGGCUACAAUCGCUAUCUCACCAAGCUCAUCGACCCAUCAAGGGGCCAAGCGUACCCAUAUCCAUUUCUGGAUGUGGCAGAGCCGCUCAAGAGCGUGAUUUUCAUGGGCGUCACAACUCUAGCAUGGCUAUUCUAUUGCAUGUACAAAAAAGUCCAUAAAGCAGAACCGGCCGCUAUGGAGCAUGGCAAGAAAGACUAA